AUAUGGUUUUUAUGUGGUACGGAGAUUAAACGUACGAACGAACUCUUCAUUCAUAUAUACUAAAAUGUUUAUAAUAUCUGGGUCAAAAAUUAAUGUAAAUUCACACAUGCUUGUUAAGUCUUUCAAGAAAAACUAUUGACAAAAAAAAAAAAAGUCUUUCAAGAGUUUUGUCGGGAUUUUUUGAUAAAAGGAAAAAAACUAUUGUAAGGGCUGAAAGAGAAAGAGAAAGAGAAAGAGAAAGAAACAUAAACAUAAACAUGUGGUUUCAUAGCUUGAGAAACUAUCAUUAAUGCUUGAUCGAGUCUUAACGAUAGUCCAGUCCAUAGAGUCACCAACUCACCAUGGACUUGGUCAAGACACAUCGACCAUCAAAUAUUUAUGGAAUCCAUUAUAUAUUUAAUUAAACAUUUUCACUUUUUUUUAACGUCUUCCUUUUUUUAUGCAGGCCCAUUAUAUUUAUAUUUCCCUAUCUAGAAAAUGAUUAGGAAGGUUUCUUCACUUUUAUGUUUGUCUGAACGGUAUGUCACGUACGUAUGAGCUUAUGCACCAUAUAAAUUAUAAUAUAUUUGCUUCGUAUUUUUUACGACAUAUAUAGCUGUGUAUUAUUGUGGCAAUUAAUGCGUGAUGUAUGUUUUUUGUGAAAUUUUAUUAAACCCACAAUAAGAUGAAAAUAUCAAACGCUAAAUCUACGUCAACAGAUUAAUAUGUUCUCUAAUUAAGCUACUUUUCGUUAGUAUUAUAUAGACAUAUUUUUCAACGUUUUUCUCUUGAAAAAGCACAUGUUGAUAUUAAUAUGUAUCAGCCCUAAAUGGUAUCUAAUCAUUUCUCUAACAGUACAUGAUCUUUAAUAAUUUGCUCCGUCUACAGAAGAUUUGACAGCGACACACAUGAAAUUUUAUAUCUAUAUAUAGAGGGUAAGGGUUUUUCCCUCAUAUAUCGAUAUAAAGGAAAAGAAAAGAAUAGUUGAAAAGAACCACUUCUCAAAUUUCAUUUCUUCCCAACCAUAGCAGCUUUACAUGGCUUCUCGACCUCCCUUUGAGACCCAUUUCUCAUCCAUUUUUGGAAGCUCCUUUCCGAGAUCAACUAGUGAUGAACCAACCGUCCAAACCUCAGGUAUAAAGCUUCCGGUGAUCGAUCUUAGCCAUCUAACUAAUGGCGAGGAAGUCACGCGUAAAAGAUGUGUGAAACAAAUGGUUGAGGCAGCAAAAGAGUGGGGGUUCUUUCAAGUUGUGAACCAUGGGAUUCCCAAAGAAGUCUUUGAGAUGAUGUUUCGUGAAGACAAGAAAUUCUUUGACCGAUCCUUUAAUGAGAAAGUCCGAGAAAAGUUUUCGGACUCAUCAAAGCAUUGUUACCGGUGGGGAAACCCUAACGCCACUUCCCCGACUCAGUACUCCUUUUCUGAAGCGUUUCACAUCACUCUUGCUGAGAUCUUAAGUUUUUCUGAUGAGGGCAACAAUUUCAGAAGAACCGUUGCAAUGUAUGUGCAAGAGGUAGCUCGAGUAGCACACAUGAUAUGCGAAAUACUGGGGAAUCAAGUGAAAGUGAACUCGAAGUAUUUCGAGAAUAUUUUUGCAUUACAAAACAGUUUUCUAAGGCUUAACAAGUAUCACCCUUGUGUUUUUGGUUCGCAAGUGUUUGGUCUGGUUCCUCAUACCGAUACAAGUUUCAUCACCAUACUCGCUCAAGAUCAAAUCGGAGGACUAGAAUUGAAGAAAAAUGGACAAUGGAUUGGCGUAAAACCUUGCUCGGAUGCUCUUACUGUGAACAUUGGUGAUAUGUUUCAGGCACUGAGCAAUGGAGUGUACCAGAGCGUUAGACAUAGAGUGAUACCUCCAGCAAACGUGGAGAGGUUGUCGAUAGCAUUCUUCAUAUGUCCCUAUCAGGAAACAGAGAUUGAAUUCUCUGGGAAUCCGAAGAAGUAUAGAAGAUUCAGUUUCAGAGAGUACAAAGAGCAGAGUGAACGUGAUGUUAAAGAAACUGGUGAUAAGGUAGGCUUGUCUAGGUUUCUCAUCUGAUCCAUCUCUUUGACCUUUGAUAUACAGAAGUUAAAAAUAAUGUUUUCGUUUUUCUCUUGCUGCUAUUCCCCAAACUCAUGAG